CCCAUUCUCCUUCUCCCAAUCGAUAAGUCUCGACUCCUCCUUCCUUAUAUGGCGCACUCUUAUCCGCUCUGAACAAAAACCUCACAUAAACCUUCAUUCCGUUUUCUAGAUAUCUGAGAGGAGAUUCGCAGUACUGCUUCUGCUGCGCAGGGUACAACCAGCUGGAGCUGCUUGGUUAUCUGCUUAAUUGCUUAAUUGUUGAAUAGAUAUCGAUAUCUUAUUUGAGAAAAAUCAAUAUUCGAAGCUCUUCCUGUUCGAAAAUGGCACCGAAGACUGGCCGUGGUAAGGCGAAGGGUGACCGGAAGAAGAAGGAAGAUAAGGUCCUUCCAGUAGUGAUGGAUGUUAAAAUUAACCUCCCCGACGACACUUACGUUAUACUCAAGGGAAUAUCUACGGACCGAAUUAUUGAUAUUCGUCGUUUACUAUUGGUGAAUGUUGCUACAUGUCAUAUUACCAAUUUCUCCUUAUCUCACGAGGUUAGGGGCCCACGUUUAAAAGAUACGGUGGACGUCUCCGCACUGAAGCCUUGCACCCUAACGCUCGUGGAAGAGGACUACGAUGACGAGAGCUCUGCGGCGCACGUGAGACGCCUGCUCGAUAUCGUGGCCUGCACGACGUCGUUUGGCCCUCCGGCGAGCAAGGAUUCUUCUUCUGCUUCUUCCGCCCCCGCCACCACGAAGGUCGGUGACGUCAGCAAGGAUGGGCGAGGGGCGCAGGAUAUCAAGAAUUCCAAGAAAUCGAGCAAGUCUCCUCGCGCGAAGAGUAGCAAAGAGCAUUCGUCUCCACCGCCAUCACAUGGGGCGGCGGAUAGAGAGACGAAAGAGCCAUCUCCCGUGGCGAUUGACGGAGGAGGAGAGUUGAACAAUACUUCUCCCAAGUUGGGGAGUUUUUACGAGUUCUUUUCUCUCACGCAUCUCGCUCCUCCUCUGCAAUUUAUAAGGAGAGCAACGAAGAAAAGUGACUAUGAAGUUUUGGGAGCCGAUCAUCUUUUCACUCUUGAAGUAAAAUUGUUCAGUGGUAAAUUGGUGCCCAUCGAAGCUACCAAAAAUGGUUUCUACAGCACUGGAAAGCAGCAAAUCCUUUGUCACAAUCUUGUUGAUCUUUUGAGACAACUUAGUAGAGCCUUUGAUAAUGCUUAUGAUGAACUCAUGAAAGCAUUCACAGAGAGAAAUAAGUUUGGGAAUCUUCCUUUCGGCUUCAGAGCCAACACAUGGCUUAUACCGCCUAUAGCUGCACAAUCACCUUCAACAUUUCCUCCUCUGCCUACAGAAGAUGAAAAUUGGGGAGGGAAUGGAGGUGGUUUAGGGAGAGAUGGUAAAAGUGAUUUGAUUCCUUAUGCAAAUGAAUUUCUGUUCCUUGCAUCAAUGCCGUGCAAAACUACUGAGGAGAGGCAAGCUCGAGACAGAAAAGCUUUUCUUCUUCACAGUUUGUUUGUAGAUGUUGCUAUUUUUAGAGCAAUUGCAGCUGUGCGGCAUGUGCAAGGAACACCCAAGCUGUCUCAUUCCGCCUUGAACAAUCAGAUUAUCUAUUCAGAGAAAGUUGGGGACUUGAACAUAGCUGUCAUCAAGGAUGCCUCUAAUGCUAGCAGCAAAAUUGAUACUAAAAUUGAUGGACCAGAUGCAAUAGGGGUAGAUGCCAACAAACUGGGUGAAAGAAACCUGCUUAAGGGGAUUACAGCUGAUGAAAACACUGCUGCUCAUGAUAUUGCCACCCUAGGUGUUGUGAACAUAAGGUAUUGUGGUUAUAUUGCAAGUGUGAAGGUUCAAGGGCUCCAAAAUGUGAAUGUGAAUCAUUCAUUGCAAUUUCAAGAGCUUCUAGAUCAGUCGGAUGGUGGGGCAAAUGCUCUUAAUAUUAACAGUUUAAGGAUGCUUCUUCAUGAAAAUGCAACUCCUGAACAGAAUAAGCUAAUCUUGCAAUCUCAUACAUCAGACUGUGAAGAACUUGAUUCUUCCUGUUUGUUUGUUGAGAGAUUGUUAGAAGACAGUCUCACAAAACUUCAGGAAGAAGAAUCUCGCAAUGAUGCUUUUGUCAGAUGGGAACUUGGAGCUUGCUGGAUACAACAUUUGCAAGAUCAGAAAAAAACAGAAAAAGAGAAGAAGCCAUCUAAUGAGAAAACCAAAAAUCAAAUGAAGGUUGAGGGACUAGGAACACCUCUUAAAUCCCUUAAAAAUAGAAAGAAGAACUCAAAUGGAGGCACUACCGACCUACAACCUGAAAAUUUUAAGUCUGUUGCAGAUGAAGUGAAGGAUGAGGCCAAAAUAGCAAUGGCUGAUAUGGUUGGAUCUCAACCUGAUACUAGUGCAGGUGAAAAUGAGCAAACACUGAAAACUCUUUUGUCUGAUGAUGCUUUUGCUCGGCUAAAAGAGUCAGACACUGGACUCCAUGCAAAGUCGGUGCGUGAACUAAUUGAGUUGUCCCAAAAGUAUUAUACUGAAGUUGCCCUGCCAAAACUGGUUGCAGAUUUUGGUUCUUUGGAACUUUCUCCAGUGGAUGGUCGUACGCUAACAGAUUUCAUGCACACUAGAGGCCUUCGGAUGCGUUCUCUUGGACAAGUUGUUAAGCUUUCGGAGAAGUUAUCUCACGUGCAAUCUCUUUGCAUCCAUGAGAUGAUAGUGCGAGCUUUUAAGCAUAUUCUUCAGGCAGUAAUAUCUGCAGUCGACAAUACUAAGAAAAUGGCAGCAACAAUUGCUGCAGCGCUGAAUUUGAUGCUUGGAGUUCCUGGAAAAGAAGAAUCAAAUCAAACUUAUGGUGUGAAUUCUAUUGUAUGGAGAUGGCUUGAAAUGUUUCUGAAGAAGAGAUAUGAUUGGCAUCUAAAUAGUUCUAAUUAUGAAGAUGUGAGAAAGUAUGCAAUUCUUCGUGGCUUAUGUCAUAAGGUGGGUAUUGAGCUUGUACCUAGAGAUUUCGAUAUGAAAUCAGAACGCCCUUUCAGGAAAGAAGACAUAGUCAGUCUUGUACCAGUGCACAAGCAAGCGGCCUGUUCUUCAGCGGAUGGAAGGCAACUCUUGGAAUCUUCUAAAACAGCUCUGGAUAAGGGAAAACUUGAAGAAGCUGUUAGCUAUGGAACAAAGGCCUUGGCAAAGUUGGUGGCAGUGUGUGGACCCUAUCAUCGAAUGACUGCCGGUGCUUAUAGCCUUCUUGCGGUUGUUUUAUAUCACACAGGAGACUUCAAUCAGGCGACAAUAUAUCAGCAAAAAGCUUUGGAUAUCAAUGAAAGAGAGCUUGGUCUUGAUCAUCCAGAUACCAUGAAAAGUUAUGGGGAUCUUGCUGUUUUCUACUACAGACUACAACACACAGAAUUGGCUCUCAAAUAUGUUAAGCGAGCGUUGUAUCUGUUACAUUUGACAUGCGGCCCAUCACAUCCAAACACUGCUGCAACAUACAUAAAUGUAGCAAUGAUGGAGGAAGGGUUGGGUAAUGUGCAUGUUGCUCUAAGAUAUCUUCAUAAAGCUCUGAAGUGCAAUCAACGGCUUCUUGGGCCGGACCACAUUCAGACAGCUGCUAGUUAUCAUGCCAUUGCAAUUGCCCUAUCAUUGAUGGAGGCAUAUCCUUUGAGUGUUCAGCAUGAACAGACAACCUUACAAAUACUCCGGGCAAAGCUGGGACCUGAUGAUCUUCGAACACAGGAUGCCGCUGCAUGGCUAGAAUACUUUGAAUCGAAAGCUUUUGAGCAGCAAGAAGCUGCUCGAAAUGGAACUCGGAAGCCAGAUGCAUCUAUAGCCAGCAAGGGCCACCUCAGUGUAUCAGAUUUGCUUGACUACAUCAAUCCAAGUCAUGAUGCUAAAGGCAAAGAUGCUGCAGGAUCAAAGAGAAGAAAUUACAUUGCAAAGGCAAAGGUGAAAUCUCCUCAAAGCCAUCUAGCCACCUCCGAUACUGAAGUGCUCCCAAAAGAUGCCUUCAAGGAGGAGUCUGAGGAUGACAAAGUAGUCUCUGACUCUGCUGCUGAGUCAUCAAAUGAUGCAUCUUAUUCUCUUCCAGUUCAGUCGAAAGAAAAUCUACAAGAAUCUAUCAAGGAGACACCUGUCCAGCCCGAGAAACCAUUGCCCGAAGAAUCAGUAGUUAAAACCCCUGCCAUUUCCAUUGAUGCCUCAGUUGAAGCACAUCCAGAAGGAGAAGAUGGAUGGCAGCCAGUCCAAAGACCAAGAUCAGCUGGUUUGUUUGGAAGGCGUCUAAGACAGCGCCGUCAACAUGGAUACAAGAUGCUUAAUCAUCAAAAAAGAGAUUUUGUCACUGAAGUGGAUCAGUCCAGACAGAAAACUAACCAUCAAAGUGGUAAAUACUAUGUGUUGAAGAGGCGUGCAAUGUCUCCCGGAAGAUUUACAGAAUAUUAUGUAGCAAAAAAUCCAUCAUUGGUAACCAAAGUUGGACGGAAAGUAGUGAAAACAGUGGCAUACAGAGUGAAGUCUGUGAACUCAAUCAAUGUGGAUGCGGCGGUUGACAGCGCUAACAAUGAAGGUGAGGCAUUACACCCUCCAUCUGAAUCAUCAGUUUCACCAAAAGAAGUUGGAACAGUCGCAAAAAGAGGUUCAAUUGUAAAUUUGGGCAAAUCUCCCUCGUACAAGGAAGUAGCUCUGGCACCACCUGGUACCAUAUCUAUGUUGCAGGCGAGGCAGCCUCAGAAUGAUGAACCCGAAGAACAUAUAAAGAUGCAAGACAAUGAGAAAGAAAAAUCAGUGUCAGUUGUAUUGAAUGCUGAAGACAAGCAGGAAGUUAUUACUGAGGAUGUAUCAAUGGAUUCCACAGCCGAUCUACAUGAUGCAGAAAAUGACAACCUUGAGCAGAAAGAGGAAAUACAGUCUAAUCAGGGAGAGAACAAUAAUAACUCAGAGGUCAUCACUGAGAACAUUGCACCUAUGGAAUCCAGCUAUGAUGUGUCCAAUCCAAUGGAUGAGCUAAGUCUCGACACUGAUGAUGUGUCGAAUUAUGUUCAUCCCUCAGAGAUUGAUGCUUCCGGAGAAAAUUCAGUGGAUGAGACUACAGAAACCAACAAAGGCGGCGAAGAACUGAAAGCAAAACCUGUGAAUGACUACAGAGAGGUUUCCAACAAAAAGUUAUCUGCAUCAGCCGCGCCGUACAAUCCAUCACUAGUUUCUCCGCGUGUUGGACCACUGCCUUUGAACAUUACUCUCCCGUCUGGUCCGGGAGCUGUUCCACCAAUUGGGCCUUGGCAAAUGAAUAUGGCUAUCCAUCCAGGUCAUGCUACCAUGUUACCGAGUCCUAUGGGUACCUCUCCCCACCAUCCAUAUCCGUCGCCCCCUCAAACACCAAACUUGAUUCACCCAUUGCCGCCAUUUAUAUACCCUCCAUAUACGCAGCCCCAGUCGAUGCCAGCUAGCACAUUUCAAAUGACUGGCAACCAAUUCCAUCCCAGUCAGUUCCCCUGGAAAUGCAACAUGCGCACCAACACUUUACCAGAGUUCAUCCCGGCCACAAUGUGGCCAGGCUGCCAAUCUAUAGAGUUACCCUCUCCAACUGUGGUUGAGUCAUUUGGUAAACCUGUUUUGGAGACUGGGGAACAUCCUAUAAACUCGGAGAAUUUAAAUUUGGCGCCGAAUUUACCUGCAGAUCUUGACAGCAGCAAUGAAUCUAAGAAGGAAAUAGAUCUUCCAGCAUCAGAGGCCAUUGAGAACUUAACUGAGACCAAUGUAAGUAAACCGGGAAAUCAGGAAGAACUCAGCGAUUCUGGUUAUCACAGCAUAUCCCUUCCAGUUAACCUGUUGAGCCGCAGUAGUGGACAAACUGAAGAAGGUCAUGAGUUUAACGAUUACCACGCGCAAAGACAGCAGUGGAAAGCAGAGAAUGAGAAAACCUUUAGCAUUUUAGUUAGAGGUAGAAGGAACCGGAAGCAGAUGCUGCGCAUGCCUGUAAGUAUGCUGAAGAAACCAUACAGUUCGCAGCCGUUCAAGGUUGUGUAUACCAGAGUUAUGAGGGAAACCGAACAUCCUAGAUCAACAAGUUUUGAUUCCAGAGAAAGUAGCACUGCAAAUGCGUAAGAGGACCCUGCAGCUUAUAUAAGAAAAGUGUUGUAUUUUGAAAGUAUGAUCAGUGCCAGCUCUGAUGUGAUGAGUAAAAUGUAUUUGUGGGCAGCACACAAACAUGCCGGUUGCCAUGUGAUCUCAAGGAUGGAUGGAAAUUGGAGAUGUAGCAGUAGGAGUAGGGCUUCCUUCCUUUGAGCAAAAUUUCUGCAUUUUCAGAUGAGUCUUGAUCCUUUCCUUUCCUUUCCUUGCUUACUUUUUCUUAUUUUUGAGGAUGAGGAAUUCCUUUGGCCAUGCACAAUAAACCAUUUACAAUUUGUUGCUCCUUCCGACACUACACUACACUACACUACACAAAGCUAUUCUUUCUUUCUUGACAUUAUUAUCAUUUUUAUACAAGAGACCUGAACACUGUCUGUCACUCUUGUUCCGAUUCUUUACAUUUUCUGACUUAAUUCAUUUUGGUGAAAUUGCCAAGCCUAUUGUGGAAUUUUAUAUU